UAAACUUAAAUUCUCCUUCAUUUUUCAACUUAUUAUAUGUGCUGUGCUUCUCAAGACUUUUAGUUGAUCAACAUGGGUAAAGAGAAGGUUCACAUCAACAUUGUGGUUAUUGGCCAUGUUGACUCUGGAAAAUCGACUACCACUGGUCACUUGAUCUACAAGCUAGGUGGUAUCGAUAAGCGUGUCAUCGAGAGGUUUGAGAAAGAAGCAGCUGAGAUGAACAAGAGGUCAUUCAAGUAUGCCUGGGUUCUUGACAAGCUCAAAGCUGAACGUGAACGCGGUAUAACAAUUGAUAUUGCUUUGUGGAAGUUUGAGACUACCAAGUACUACUGUACUGUUAUUGAUGCUCCUGGUCAUAGGGAUUUCAUCAAGAACAUGAUUACUGGUACCUCUCAAGCUGACUGUGCUGUCCUGAUUAUCGACUCCACGACUGGUGGUUUUGAAGCUGGUAUCUCUAAGGAUGGACAGACUCGUGAACAUGCGUUGCUUGCUUUCACACUUGGUGUAAGGCAAAUGAUUUGCUGCUGCAACAAGAUGGAUGCUACCACACCUAAGUACUCCAAGGCAAGGUAUGAUGAAAUUGUGAAGGAAGUGUCUUCUUACCUUAAGAAGGUUGGUUACAACCCUGACAAGAUCCCAUUCGUGCCCAUUUCUGGUUUCGAAGGAGAUAAUAUGAUUGAGAGAUCAACUAACUUGGACUGGUACAAGGGUCCAACACUUCUUGAGGCACUUGACCAGCUUAAUGAGCCUAAGAGGCCCUCGGACAAACCCCUGCGUCUUCCACUUCAGGAUGUCUAUAAGAUUGGGGGGAUUGGGACUGUUCCUGUUGGUCGUGUUGAGACUGGUGUCAUUAAGCCUGGUAUGGUUGUGACUUUUGGUCCUACUGGUCUGACUACUGAAGUUAAGUCUGUUGAGAUGCAUCAUGAAGCUCUUCAGGAGGCACUUCCUGGUGAUAAUGUUGGUUUCAACGUCAAGAAUGUUGCGGUUAAGGAUCUUAAGCGUGGAUUUGUUGCUUCCAACUCCAAGGAUGACCCUGCUAAGGGGGCUGCUAGCUUCACCGCUCAGGUCAUCAUCAUGAACCAUCCAGGACAAAUUGGAAAUGGAUAUGCUCCAGUGUUGGACUGUCACACCUCCCAUAUUGCUGUCAAGUUUGCUGAGAUCUUGACUAAGAUUGACAGGCGUUCUGGUAAGGAACUCGAGAAGGAGCCUAAGUUCUUGAAGAACGGUGAUGCUGGUAUGGUUAAGAUGAUUCCCACCAAGCCCAUGGUUGUUGAGACCUUCUCUGAGUACCCACCAUUGGGACGUUUUGCUGUGAGGGACAUGCGUCAAACUGUUGCUGUUGGUGUUAUCAAGAGUGUUGACAAGAAGGACCCAUCUGGAGCCAAGGUCACCAAGGCUGCUCAGAAGAAAAAAUGAAUGGCGCAGUUCAACUCUGGAGUACCCAGAGAUAUCGAUAUCUACUAUAAUAAAGUGUGUUACGAAAACUUGCUAUGCUUUACUCUUCCUGUUCAUGUUCAGUCUUUUAUGUUGUUGUUGGGUUCUUGUUUUCUGCCUUGUAUGUCAGGUAUCCUUUCCCAGAACUGGGUGCUUGACAGACGGUGGCAAAAGACAUAGUUCGAGUCGUUUGGUUUUUCUUUAGAGGUGUCUUGGUCCAUCCAAGACGUCUCUAAAGAUAUGUUAUUUGUGUUUCUUAUAAUACGUAAAUCGUACUUAUCUGUUUUUGUGCUGA